AUGACUAUAGUUGGAUUAUUUGACGAGAUUGCUAUGCAUAUUAAUCAACUAAAUGUAGUUGGAGUACAAGCUGAUUAAUUUAAAUUGCUUGUGCAUUUUGUAAUGAUUUAAUAGUAUGUAUUUAGUUGCUUGUUUUUCCAUUGGGAAUUAUAUUACGAUACUUGAAAAGUCCGAUUAUAAGAAAAAUAUAUACAUUAUUUUGGGGACUAUUCUUUAUGUUGUACUUGGGAGCUUAAUGGAUAGAGUUGGUUAUGGCAUAGACACUUGUCAUAUAUUUUUUGAGAUUACUGAGAAGACCAUUCAUCCCCAUAGCAUCAAUCAGCUUUCUCGUUUUAGGCUACUUACAUUACGACCGCAUCAUGGUUAAUGGCAAACUAUCAGUAGAACGCAGACUCGUCUUGGAAGAUGGGAUUUAACGUAGUACAGAUGAUGUUGACAUGUCGAUUCGUAUACGUGGGAGUUGCUGCUUAAGAUCGAAUAUCCUUUACAUUUCUCGAUUAUAUGAGUUAUGUAUUCUAUUUCCCUAACAUCAUUGUUGGCACAGUUCCUUUUACAGCCUAUAUUGAUUUUAUCAAUUUAAAAGGAGUCUAUUCAAACAUGGGUUAUAGUUUUUAAAUGGCUUACAAAUCCCUUUUAAAAGCUAUUUUGUUUGUAGCAGGUAUGAAUAUAAAUAAUAUUGAUUAGCUGAUCAACUAAUUAGACCAAAGUUCAGUUUUGCUUAUUUUAGUACUUAGUAAUGGGAAGAGCAUUCCCUUUUGACUCGUCAUAUUAUAUGUUAAUUAAUUUCAUGUUGCGAGAGGUUUAAAUACUUUCUUGCAUUUAACUUCUCUUAAGCAUCAAUGGAUGCAGGAGGAAUAACUUAUGAUGGAUAAGGUAUAUAUCUUAUGAUAGAUAAUAAAAUUAGAAUUUUGUAAUUAUCGUUUGGCUAAUUAUAAAUUUGAGAUAGAAUUUUCACCUAUAAAAAGAACAAAACAUUGGAAUUCAAGUGUUUAAGCAUGGUUGCAAACAUGUUUUUAUGAUAGAUACAAGUAACACAAAUCAGCUUUGCUUCUUACUUUUGUUUUAAGUGCUUAUUGGUAUAAUUAUUAUUAUUAUAUUAUAAAGGCAUGGAUUCUUUAUUGCUUAUUAUGUAUUUUUUAUAGAAUGGGCAAUUUUUAAUGAAAUUACAAAAUAAGUUUAUAGAGCAAAAGAUAAAUUCAAAUUGUAUAUACUAAUAUAUUAUGUUAUAAGUAUUCCAAUACCAAUUCAAAAAGUCAUUUGUGCUAUUUAUGGUUAAUUGGCUGUAAAUUCAACUGCAACACCAAUAGGAUUAUUAAAAUGGGAUAAAGUAUAUAAAGCAAUGAAUGAUCUUGGAUGGGUUGCUUAAAUAGUCAUGAUUGUAGUUUGGGGAUUUUUUAAGAUUACCAAAUUUGGAUAAAGUAAAAGGAAAGAGUAAUGAGA